AUGGAAGCGAAGAAAGUGAAAGAGUUUGUGAAGAGGUUGCUUACUCGAAUGCGACGAAUCGUGAAGGAAACGAAGGAGUUACAGUAUGACGGUAACCAAACAGGGCUUCGGAGUUUGAACGUGUGGGAUGGAAUUUCACAUAUAUUUAAUAUAUCUAAUACGGAUAUCGCCCUAUCGUUUUUAUUAAAAUGA